AUGUUCAAGAAAAGAAGCAAGCUGUCUGGUGACGGUUUACAGAAUAAAAGAAAGAAAUUGGAUGAAUCAGAAAGAGCCAAAAACAAUAUUGCCGUGAAGAAAGGUGAUUCUGUUCCAAAAUUGUCAUUGGAGGAUGAUAACAUAUUGCCUGAUGAUAGUGCGUAUAAGCUACUCUCGACUGAAAAUGAAGCUACAAAAUCUGAUAUACUGAAUAAUGAACGUAACUUCAAGCAAGCUGACUUCAAAAAAAGUGGCGAUAAUAAUAAUGCCUUGAUUUCCAUUAAUAAGAGCAAAUUUAAUGCAAGUAAACAGAUUUUACAGCCGUUUAAUGUACGUACCACUAUUGUAACAGAUUAUCAACCAGACGUCUGUAAGGAUUACAAACAAACUGGGUACUGUGGCUAUGGUGAUAGCUGUAAAUUUUUGCAUUCGAGAGAUGAUUUUAAAGCAGGUUGGAAGUUAAACAAAGAAUGGGAUGUUGAUAACAAUGGAAAUAAUGACGAGGUUCAAAAAGAAUUAGAGGAUAUUCCUUUCAAAUGUGUACUGUGUAACGAAGAUUAUAAAUCGCCUAUUGUCACUAGCUGCAAUCACUACUUUUGUUCCGCCUGUUUCAUGAAGAGAGUGGAAAAAGACUCAAAAUGUUUUAUCUGUAAAGCAGAAACACAUGGUGUUGCUAAGGUAGCUGUUAAUCUAAAAAAAUAUUUAAAAAAGACGGAUAGUAGCUAA